AUGGCUUUUUGGCGUGGUGGUUCGCUUUUUUCAUCUACAACAUCUUCAACACCAACAAAUAAUAGUACAAUCGCUCAAGAAACAAUCGAACGUCUUUGUGAUCGUUUACAAUCAGCAACACGAAGCGAAGAUCGACGAGAUGCUGUACGUGGUCUUAAAGCACUUUCAAAAAAGUGUAAACUUGAAGUUGGUACUCAAAGUAUGAUGUUAUUAGCAAAUAUUUUACAAGGUGAUCGAACUGAUUUGGAUCUUCUUCAAUUGGCACUUGAAACAUUAGCAAAUGUAGUAACAUACGAAGCAGGAAAUGAUGAUGAACAAGCGAAUUUACCACAUGAUAUUACUGUUCAAUUUACAGAAUUGUAUAUUAAAACUAAGGAACAUGUACAUGCAGCUCUUGAACUUGUUGAAGAAAUUGAUUUUAAUGUUCGUCGUAGUGCUAUUCGAUUUCUUACUGCACUUCUAACAAAUUGUACGAAAGAAUUACAAGAUAUUAUUUUAGAAAGUGGACCUAUGGGUGUUUCAAAAUUAGUUGAUCUUUUACAAGAUGAACGUGAAGUUAUUCGAAAUGAUGCACUUUUGCUUUUACAAAUAUUAACACGUUCAAAUACAAAUAUACAAAAAAUAGUGGCAUUUGAAAAUGGUUUUGAACGUUUAUUUGAAAUACUUGUUAGUGAAGGUGGUAGUGAUGGAGUUGUUACUGUCGAAGAUUGUUUAUCUGUUUUAUUAAAUUUAUUACAAAAUAAUCCAUCCAAUCAAAGUUAUUUUCGUGAAGGUUCAUAUAUUCGACGUUUAGUUGAUUUUUUUGAACUUAAUUCAAUUGGUGAAAAACGAUGGUCAGCACAAAAAGUAACAAAUGUUCAUCUCUUAUUACAAACUAUUCGAAUACUUGUUUCACCAACAAAUUCUCAUCAAAAUAUUCUUGCAUGUCAACGUACUAUAAGUCAAUGCGGUUUAUUACAUCGUUUAUGUGUCAUGCUUACACUUACAACAAUACCUGCUGAUGUUUUAGCUGAAACUAUUAAUACGAUUGGUGAUGUUGUUCGUGGUAAUACAGAAAAUCAACAAUUUCUUGGUUCGGUGAUGAAUACAACUGGUGAAGUUCAACAACCUGUACUAUUUAAUCUUUUAUAUACAAUGGUUGCUGGUGAAAAACAAUCAUUUCCACUUCGAAUAUCAAUUCUUUAUUGUCUUCAAUGUUAUUUAUAUAAAAAUGAUUUUGGAAAAUCUAUGAUUGUUCAAACACUAUUACCUCAAACUGAAAAUUCUGCUAGUCAAUAUACCUUAGGUCAUUUAUUAAUUAUUGGUUAUUUAAGUAAAGAUAUUGUUGCAUCAUGGUGUUCUGGUAUUGCACUUGCACAUUUAAUUGCUGAUAGUCAACAAUUUAAAGAAGCAAUACUUAAAGUUGUAUUAGCAGUUGAUCAAGCACAAACAGGAGCUAAAACAUUAAUGGAAAUUUCCAUUGAUUUAUUACAAAAUUCAUCGUCUUCAUUUCAUACUCGUAUUGCUGUACUCAUUUUUAUAUGUACAUGGUUAUCAAAUUGUCCAUCAGCCGUACAAACGUUUCUUUCAAUUCAAAAUAGUCUAUCAUAUUUGAUUUCACAAAUAUGUGCUCAAUUAAUGGCAGAUGAUCGCGAAAUUUUGAUUCAAUCUUUAUGUUCAUUUGCAUUAGGUUUAUGUUUAGUAUUUAAUAACAAUCAAAUCCCAUCAUAUACCACUGAAGCUCUUGAACGAUUAAUUAAUAAACGUAUUGGUAUUGAUCUAUUUCAAGAAAAACUUGAAACAUUAUCAAAAUCAGAAUUUUAUGCAAAAGCAUUACAAAAACCACAAUUAAAAUUAACAAAAACAAAUGAUAUGACUCUUGACUAUGAAUUUGCUCGUUUAUAUAAAACAUAUGAAAGUUCAAUAACACGUAUGUUAACUACAAGUCAUAUAAAUUCAAAUGAAAAAUCAUUUAUUGAUCCAAUAUCAACAAAUAUUUAUGAUCAACAAACAUCAACAGUAAUGACACAUUAUCAUGAUUUAAUAAGAAAACAAGAUCAACAAAUAAAUACAUAUAAACAACAAGAAAAACAAUUUUUAGAAGAAUCUAAUACGUAUAAAAAGAAAAUUACUGAUUUAGAACAAAAAUUACAAGAAGUUAAAGAUCAAUAUUCUUUGUUAAGAAUUUCAACUAAACAAGGACCAGAUACUCAUAAUGAAUUAAGAACAAUAUGUGAACAACAACGUAUGGAAUUAGAAUAUUUAAGAAAUAUUAUGGCUCAACAACAACAGCAGCAGAAUUUCACUUUAGUACAAUCACGUGAAAAUGGAGUUGAACAAUUAAAUUUGAAUAACAAUGAAAAUCAUACGAUUCAGAACGAUGGACGAAUUCCAGUAGGUGAAAGAGCAGCAUUAACAGCUCGUAUUACUGAAUUACAAGAAAAAGUAAAUGCAUAUGAUGAAAAAUAUGCAACACAAAAUGAUGAAAUAGCUCGAUUACAAUUAGAAAAUGGUGUUUUACAAGAAAAAAUAAUUAAUGAAAAACGAAAAAUAUCAAUUCUUGAAGGUCUUGAAAAUCAAAUGCAAGCAAUAAUUGAUGAAAAAAGUCGAUUGGAUAAUGACUAUCAAAAAUUAAAUAUUUCUUAUCAACAAAAUUUAACCGAACAAAAUGAUUUACUUGUUCUUUGUUCAACAUAUGAAGAUCAAUUAAGAACUUGUAGAAAUAUAAUUCAAUCAGCAGGAUUAACAGUACCAAGUUUUUUACUUGAGCUUGAUAAUAAUUAA